AUGUAUAUGUUUAACUGUUCUCAGUCUAACACUAUUAUAGCACCAAUGUCGGAUUGUUUUAAAAUAGCCGAUCGAUUCAAAGCGUUUGAACCGAGUUUCUUUAAAGAAAUAGCGGAGAUGGUGGAACGCAAUAAGCCCAUUAACCUGGGUGUUUCUGUGCCAGACUUUGAUGUCUACCCCCAAACAAUAAUUGAAGCGAUGCGUGAUAUUGUACUUGAUGAUAAUACAACCAUGCAUCAAAUGACAAAGAUCACGGGUCACCCACGAUUAGUUAAUGUACUAGCUAAACUGUACUCACAGUUACUAAACAAUAAAGUGACCGGGGACAACAUCCUGAUCACAUGCGGAGCGUUUGAAGCGUUGUAUUGCGCUAUACAUAGCAUAAUUAACCAUGGUGAUGAGGCCAUUAUCAUAGACCCGGCGUACGACGAGUUCGAGGUACUGGUGAAGGGCGCGGGCGGAGUACCGGUGCACACGUGCCUCAAACGCACCGGCGAUGGCACCGAUUGGCAAUUGGACCUAGAUGAUCUCGAGGCAAAAAUCACCGACAGGACCCGCGUUAUCAUUAUUAACACACCGCACAAUCCAACCGGAAAAGUACAGUCACUGCCACUAUUCACGAGAUCAGAGUUGGAAGCGAUCGGACAGUUGUGUCUCAAACACAACUUGAUUGCCGUAUCGGACGAAGUGUUUGAAUGGCUUACCUAUGAUGGCCGCACUCAUCAUCGGAUAGCAUCGCUGCCCGGAAUGUACGACCGGUGCGUAACCAUCGGCAGUCUGGGCAAAGCGUGUCACGUGACAGGUUGGCGGUGCGGUUGGGCCAUAGCUGGCAACCCAGUGGUGCGUAUGGGACUG